AUGAAGAUUGUCAAGCACGUUGAUUCGGAGAUGUACGCUGGUCUGAACGAUGUUGCAGGCGAAACUUGUCAGGGCCUUCUGACUGGCCUGGUGUCAACUGAGGAGCGACGCCUUGAAAUAACAAAUUGCUUUCCAACUGCUCGAGCCGAACCGGUACUUGAUGGGGACGAGAUUGGACAAACCAGUGCAGUUUAUGAGGAGCAGAAGCAGUCAGAGAUGUUGGAUAUGCUGCGAAAAUUUAGAAAUAUGAACAUCGACUAUGAGCUUGUCGGAUUUUACCAGGCACAUCCAUUCGGUGCUUGUUUUGCCCAAGAAAUGAUCGAUUCACUGAUUGACUAUCAAGCCAGUGUGCCUGAUGGAGUAGUGCUCAUUUAUGAUCCAGUGAAAACUCGUCAAGGACAGUUAAGCAUACGAGCAUAUCGUUUGUCAGCGAAAGCUUUAGAAAUGAGUUUGGAUGGCGACUGGUCACCGGAGAGUACGCGAACAGCUGGGCUAAAUUACGAGAAUAUGCUGGAGGAAUUGCCUGUCGUUAUCAAGAACAGCCAUUUGGUGAAUGUAAUGCUCGCCGAGUUGGCAUUGGAUGGUGGCCGCGUUGCAACACAGCAUCUCUCUUCCCAUCUUGAACUCGGGACUGGAAGGCGAAUUUUUUUUUUUAAUUUGUUUAAGUGUCGUAUGACUUUUCGAGGACUCAGGAAGUCGCUGGAGAAAUGUCUCAGAUCGUUAAUGAGUAAUGUGGAUGAUCUGAAUAGGACAGUUAUGGCAUAUACGAAAUAUGUGGCUGACAAGCAGCGUCAUGAUUUAACAGUAUACAAUGCUAUGCAGAAAAGACAAGCAGAAAAUGAGCAACGAGAAGCUCGUGGGGAGCCUCCACUGUCGUUUGAUGACAUCAAAAAGAUGAAGCCGCCACAGCUAGCUGCAAAAAGUGGAAUGCUGGAAAGCUUUUUAUGUUCAUCAGAUGCAAAUGCUCAUGCCGAUUAUGCUGCUGAGGUUACUGGUGAAAAUAUUGCAAAAUUGUUUCUGGCGGAAGCAGUAGCCGGCUCUCAUCGAUAG